CUGAGGCAGCUAGCAAACACACAGCUAACUGUUAGCCUGUCAAUGGAGAGGAAUGAAACUCUGGUAGCUAACUGAGAUGUUUACAUGCAUAUUAACCGGUGUAUAACGCUGUCAGGACACAAAAUAUAACCAACAUGUGCUCUGUUGUCGGUUGUGAGUCGUGGCGUCGCAGUGUUCAACGAUUUAAGCUACCUGAAGAUCCGGAGAUGAGACUGGAGUGGGUUCAGUUCCUUUUGGAGGUGAACGGACAACGACUCAAGGAAGAGUCCUGGACUGACAUCACAGUAUGUGCAGAACACUUUUACACCGACUGUUUUGAAAAGUACACUAAGUCUGGUACGGUCCAGCUGAAGCCCAGUGCAGUCCCGUUGGUGUGUGUGAAGUCAUGCAAACAUCUGGACCUCCAGGUGCCACCAGUGGUUGUAAAUUCCGAAUCAGAAGAUGCACAUCUGGACAACCCAGUACCAGAGACAGUAGAUGCACAUCUGCACAGUUCGGUGCCAGACUCAGUAGAUGCACAUCUGCACAGCUUGCAGAAUGGGGAGUCUGUGGAAACUGCAGAGGUUGCUUGUCAGUGUGAUAAAACUGAAAUGAGAAGAUGUCUGCAGUCUGAUCCCAAAAGCUCAAACCACACUUUAGCAGAUGCUGACACUUCCAGAUUUGAGAAGAUACAAGAAGCAAUAAGUACUGAACUAGAAAAGGAAAAAACUCCUUUCCUCCAGAUUAAAGGAAAGUAUGUAGUGAAUGAAAACUGCCUCCUCCAGUUGUUCCCCCGCACAUGUCCAUCAUGCGACCGCACACUUAAGAUGGAGAAGAUCAUUGAAGGAAUGCUCGUUAUUUUGAUCCAGACGUGCCUUCAGUGUGAAUAUAGAAAUGAGUGGAAAAGUCAAGUGGACCCCAGCAUCACAGAUCAACGCAGGACAAGAGGCAAAAAAGUAGGAAAGCUGCGAACAGAUGACAACUGCAGCAGAACAGUCAUCUCUGAGAUGCACACUUUAAGCAAUAAAGAACAUGAUCUCGCAGAUGAAGAAGAGGAAGGUGAGGAAGGUGGUGAAGGCCCAGGUUCAGACGAGGAGUGGAAGCCGGAGGAUAUUUUACUGGCUGAGAAGCUUAAAGGGGAAUCAGAGGAGGAAACGGAAGAUGAAAGUGGGAUCGAGGAAGACAGCCAUCUUUCUACUGGUGGCUUGAACGCUAAUCAGCUCUGCACAGAAUGUGGGCGUUUUUACAAUAUUUUAAAGCAUCACAUAUGCGAACACAAAAUCAAGCCCUAUUCCUGCAAUAUAUGUGGAAAACGGUGUGUUAGUGAGAUUUCUCUAAGGAAUCAUAGCAGGGUACACGAUGAAACCUAUGAACAUCAUUGCAAAUACUGCUACGUUACCUUUAAAACGAAAGCCGACAAAGUUGCACAUGAGCAGAUUCACCAAGAUAAAAAAGACCCCUAUAAAUGUCCUGAUUGUUCAGCGACAUUUGCUACCAAUAAAGAACGUUUCAGACACUUGGAAAAUCACAGAAGCUCAAAGGAAUUAAAAUGCGAUGUGUGUGGGAUUGAAUUUAAGGAUUUACAUAAACUGCGGAGACAUUCGGUGGUGCACACGGGAUUGAAACCCUACAAGUGUCUAGUGUGUCAGCGUGGCUUCAGCCAGAGCAACAACUUAAAAUCCCACAUGCGCCAGCACACAGGAGAGAGGCCGUACAAGUGUCAGCAUUGUGACAAAUGCUUUGCACACAAUGUUAGCUUGAAGAGUCAUGUCCAACGUUAUCAUGGACAUCAGCGUAACAAGGAAAAGAUAAAUGAAAGGUCAAGUGAUGCCGGUGACGCUCAGGAUAACUGCAAGAGAGGAGUUGACUCUGGGGUUGAUAAGGUGGUAAAGGAACAGCACACAGAAGCAGAGGUGAACAAUGAAAGAACAGGUUUGCCAACAAAUUACAAAAGACGGACAGGUAGACCCAAAGGGAGGCCCAAGAGAGACACAGCAGAACACUCAAGGGAAGAAGCCAAGCAGGGAAGCAGCACAUAUUAAAUCUGCCAAAUUAAAAAGGGAAGAGCUUAAAGAAAAUGCAUAGCAGCGAUGAAGAAUGGAAGGAAGGAAGAGCUGACAGGCAGUGAUGUAUCCUUUGACUCAGAACUAGUGAGAAAGUGGAAAGGAUUAUAAAAACAGCUCUGACUUUGACCCAGAAAAAGAAGAAACAAAGAAAAACAGGUUUAGAAAAUCCCAUAAGAGUGGCGAGAAUUUAGGGAAGCGUAGAAGAAGAAGACAAAGAAAAAACAUGAAUGUUUAGAUAUUUGUAAAACACAUCAGU